AUGUCCAGGCCACGCGCCAAGCAGGCCUUUGCUGAGUUCAAGGAUGGAUGGGUGCGCAAUAGGGUGACCCGUCUGCUGGUCCCCCCACAGACAAAUCGCAAGGUGGAUCGCCGAGUCCGCCGUCGACGCGAUGCGCGGCCGUGGGAAGGCACGCACAACGAGUACGGCAUCUCCGACACCGAGCUGCUCGACAUCAUCCUCGCCGGGAGGUACAGCAUGCAGAUCGAGCCUGCCUCACGCGCAAUUGACACCACUAUCCAGCUCCCCGACAUGCUCACGUUCCCCUUCCAGCGCCGGCUCUACCUGCGCCAGCUCGCGCGCGGCGGCGCGAUCCAAGUCGGUCGCGACCGCGUCACGCGCUGGUUCUACACGCCGUACCACAAAAACGCCACGUACUCCGACCUCCUCCGCGGCGUCGACGCCGCGGCCGGAAUCUCGCGCUUCAUGUGGAAAAUACCCAAGCUGCGGCCGUGGGUCUCCGACCAGCACCCGCUCACGAUGCGGUACAUCCCGCCGGGCAUGGCCACGGCCGCGUUUGCAAAGUCGCGGCCGGCGGUGGUGAUACUGAUGAGCUCGAGGCCGAGCGCGGGGCAGAAGGCGACGUACCGCGCGGUGGUGCGCAAGCAUAUGCGUCGGUACUUGUUUGAAGCGCUGUGCGAGGUGCAGGGCAUCACGCGCGAGGUUGCGCACUGGAGCGAUAUCAAGUCGUUUGAGCCGAUGUCGACGAUCAACGACGGCCUGUCGUUUUUGCUCGAAGACCAUCGCGAUCCGCGGCUGAUACGGCAGGAGAAGAAAGAGUACGAGGACAACACGGGCGCGCCGGACGAGACCGAGCAGUUGAUGGUCAAGCGGAGUCCGGACUAUAUCCGCGACCUGGACGGCGUCUUUGUCUUUUUUGAGAAACGUGGAUCGGGGAAAAACCAGGCCGUGCCACCGAUUGGAGAGGAGGCUGUGAAGGCGAUGGCGUACGCGGCCGUGCAGGCCGUGGUUGCGGAGUAUGGCUACGUGUCGAAGGAAAUGCAUGACAAGUAUGCACUUUAUAGGAGGACGAAAGCUGUGAGUGAAGAGAGCGCGAAUGAAGAGAAGGAGGAGGAGAGCAUUGAGGACGAUUUGAAGACAUUGCAUGGGCGGGACAGUGCAGAAAAUAUAGAGAUCAUUGGGGAAGACAGCAAAGAGAUCAUUGGGGAGGAGAACAGAGAGAUCAUUGCGGAAGAAAUCCGAGAAAGCACAGCAUCCAACACAGACAACGCUACAACACAGAAAAUGACGCAAAAGGAGCGGGAAGCAGCAAACGCAGCAAGCGCAGCCGAAGCCGCCCAACGCUACAGCGAACCCCUCUCGCCAGCAGUCCAGCUCGCGCACUACCGCACGAGCCGGCGAUACUGGCGCUGGGUGGUUACCGAGAACAAAACGAUGUUGGCAAAGGUGUUUCCAGGCCUGCAGCAAGAGCCGCGGUUGUUUGACGACGAGGUGUUGUUUGGCAAGAUGAUGGAGCAGGGGAGUGUGGGUGCGGCGCGGUACGAGGAGGAGUUUCGUAGGCUACAGAGAAGUUGUGGUGAGGAUGCGAGGGGGCGGGAGGGCCAGGAUCUGUUUUUCCCGAGGAUAUCGGAGGAGGUGCCUAAGGAGUUGCUGAAGAGCAUAUAUCCUGCUAAGAGUGAGAAGGACAAGCAGAGGUCCGGGCAGAGGUCCGGGCGGAGGUCCUCUAAAGAAGUGCCCGACAAAGAGUCCAAGGAAGAGAAUUAG